CCUCUUUGCAAUCAUCCUCGACAACGUCAAUAUUCUUUAAUCCAGUUGCGAAAAGAUUACAGUGCUACUAUAGAAUCCCAUGACAGCAAUAUUACCACCAGGCUGAAUCGGGUAAAGCUCGGACCUCGAACUUCCAGCCAGCCUCGCCUCGCACGAGACCCGAUAAGCAUCGCGACAACCUCACUUCUUGCAGCCCUCAUUCUCCUACAGCCUUCUCCCUAUCACCAUCUCGAGAAUUAUGACGACCUCUGCGAAGGAUAGCAAGGCGGCGCCACCGAGCGACGAUGAGUCGACAAUCAAAGUUGCGCCCAAGAAGGACAGCAAGGACAAGGACAAGGACAAACCCAAUGGCCUCAAGCUGAAGAAAAGCCUGCCCAAGAUUGACAAGCCAGGAAAUUGGCGCCAUGGAAGUGUAGCAGAUGACAAGAAGAAAGGCGGUGAUACUCCCUCUACAAAUUCUGCUGCUGCUUCACCAGGUCCUAUUGUGAAUCCCGUCGAUGAUGCCCUCCGAGAUUCCUUCUCUUCGGGGAGACCAAUGGAGGACAAAAGCGAGACUCUCAAAUGCAAUACGUGCAAGAAAGCUAUCCUCCAGACUGCCUUUGCGAAACAUAACAAGGAAUGUCAGAAAGCCAAGGCCGAGAAAUUGAAGAAAAAGAAGGAGGCCAAAGAAGCUCGAGAGCGAGAGAAGCGGGAAGAGAAGAAAGAGAAUGACAAGGACGAGGAAGGCGAUACCAAGAUGGACGAUGACGAUGAUAAUGAAGAAGAGCCAUCUCCGGAAAAGAAAGGUCCCGGUGGGUUGAAGAGCGCAAAGAAAAGCGCGGGCAAAAAGGUCGAUGUCGACGACUCGAAGAAAGGCAAGAAGCGCAAGGCUGAAGGAGACGCCGAGAAAGGUCCAAAGCAGAAAAAGAAGAAAGAAGAACCUAAGCCGAAGGUUCCUAAGCAGAGAGGUCCGGUUGAUGUUGAGAGGCAGUGUGGUGUUUUGAAGGACGGCGUCGCUUGUGCUCGAUCCUUGACCUGCAAAAGCCAUUCUAUGGGAGCCAAACGUGCUGUUCCAGGACGAUCACUGCCAUACGACAUGUUACUUGCGGCAUAUCAGAAGAAAAACCAAGCCAAGCAGCAAAAAGCUGCAAUCGAUGCCAAUGCCCCACUCGAGGAUGAAGAAGAAGGCAAUGGUCCUGUCGAUUCCGAUGAAGAAUUGACGGCGGUCAUGCAUGGCCUUUCAAACUGGGAACCCCAACCUGUCGUACCACCCUUGGUCCACGUUCCCAUCGAGAAAGAGUAUCACCGAAGACGGCUACGAGAUCAAUUGAUGACUGCAACCAAUAACGGCACAGUCAACAUAUUCAAGGUCGUUGGUUAUGGAGCACAGAAGCUUCCCCCUGGUCAUCCUGGCUUGCAAGAAGAGGGUCCACCCGGUCAAAAUGGAGAAGAAACCGCCGAGGGCUUAGGUAUCGGAAUGGCAAAUGUGGCUGCGAGAAGAGCUAGCGGUUUUAACAUGCAAAUGCCUCCACAACGACGACCUUCAGGCAGUCAGAGAUAACACUGUACAUUCUUGGACAAGCAUACAUCAUGGGCAAGGGUUGCAUGGGAAGGCGUUCAUCUCGGGUGGGACGGCAUGGAUGCUUCGGCUGAAGCUUGGGUCUGGGGCGUCUGGUUCUGUGGCGGCCUCCCGGAGUUCAAUCCCUCAUAGCCGGCGUGCUGUCAACAUAUGCCUAUAAAAUGCGAGGCUUUCCAUUCUAGUCGGAAUAAUUGCUGCAGUGAUGUGAAGAUCCUCGUGUUUUGGCUCAGUGGCUACUUCCUUUUGUUUGUUUCUUGUCUCGCUCGAUCUUUGUUGCAAGUUGCUUGUCUGAGUGAUCUCUGAUCUGUUCAAGGCAGAAGAAGUUGGGCUCUAGAUCUGUGACGCGUGUGUUGAAGCAGACACAAGCUGCAAUCUGUUAAGUACUUGGUUUCGUCCGAUGUUCUGUUCUCCUUUAUUCACAACAUGGCUG